CUGCUGACCCCCCGCCGCCAACUAACGUACAGGGAUUUCGGGUAAAUCCUACGAAAAUUUUAGUUCGUUGGCAUCAUCCUUCUUCCGAUGUCACGAUUUCACACUACGUGGUCUACCACAAAGUUGAGCACAAUGGAAGCGGCAAGCCUGUUGGAUGGACAGGCCAAGUGAAGGAGCGACUGGCAACUUCAGCUGAUUUGGACAACCUACAUAGUGAUUGGACUUACGCAAUACGAAUGAGCUCCGUGGAUACCCGUGGAAAUGAGGGUCCCACCUCAACGACCUUGCUGGUGAAACCGCUAGCAGACAUUGGAAUGAAGUCCAAUUACAGUGCAACCCGAAGAUUGGACUUUCAAGAAAAUGCUGAUCUGACGUCUGCACGCGCUUUCAAAAUUCCUGAUUAUUACGCAGUGCGAAAUUUAAAAUGUGCUAAGGAGGAAGUGGACAACGUUGGUCUAGAAUGGCUCCCACCGUCGGAAGCCAAUCACCUGGUAGAAUACGAAAUUCAAUACACAGGACGUAAAGAAUAUUUUACCAGUCUCGGUAUUCUCAAAUCGGUUCAUCUAAGCGAAGGACGACAUCGACAAAGUCCAGUGAAAUCCGAAGCAUUCAAACCGUCUACCUGGCCUUUAGACGGUCUGAUAGGUGUUGACAACAAACCCGAACUUCAACACUUUCAACUGGAACGAUUGGAGCCGAACAGUCAAUAUGAGUUUAUUGUGCGCCCCGUGUAUGUACUGGACCGCGCAACUCACUCUACCGAAAGACAAGAAGGAAUCUCAGUGACCAUUAUUUGUCACACAGAGUGGACAAGACCGACGUUCAUCCGUACCCCCGAUUUGGAAAUGGUGCAUAUGGCCCCAGUGGAUUCGCCUACCUCAGCUAUAUUAAUUGAAUUACGAAUUUUUCGAGUGUCCGAAGAAAACGGGCCGAUACACGAAUAUUUUGUCAUAGCCGCUCAGGAACGUUGUACUGAAACGACGGAACACAAUGUCCUCAGAGAACCCGACCUUUACACGCUAGCGGAACUAUCCCAGUCUGCAAGACACGCCUCGACCGAUGGUCCGUACCUUGCCAUUUUCUCCACUACGUCAAGUUUAUUUAAACCAAACCAAGAAUCCUCCAUCAUAAUGCUCGGAACUGAGCAGCUGUCCCGUUUACGUCGCUUAGCGGAGUUACCGAUAAACAAUUCCAGCAUGAGAGAGAUCCGAGGAAUUGAAACUGCUGAAACGUAUUCAGAAAUGCUUCGUGCAGUUAACAAACCCAUAGAGGCACACUGUAUCUACCGGGUUGCCUCUAGAGUCUGCUCGCGUUACCCAGAUGGACAGAGAUUGUGUGCUACCAGCAACUGGUCGAACCCAAUUUCUCCGAUGGGGAGUAGCAAUCCUCAGAGUUUAGUGAUGGGAAGUGUUCCGCCGUCGGCCCCAGCCUCCGGAGCUUCUACGUGGUCAACAAAAAAUCCACCAAAAAUAACCGUAUUGCUCAUCAGUUUGACAUGCGGUCUCAUUUUCUUUGCACUGCUAAGCGUUGUGCUUGGCUGCCUUCUGAAGCACCGCAAACGCCAAAUGACUGAACGUCACGUGCUUGGUUCGGCCACUCAAUGGGAUGCAAGGAUUUGCGAGGACAUCAGCAAAUCAAUUAUAGCAGAUGAACGACUGAAACCGUAUAUUUCAGCACUGGCUGAAAAACAACACGGGUGUGCUCCAUUCAAUAAACACCCCGGUGGGUAUAUUCUGGAGCGCUCCUCAAGCGGCUUCCAUAGCCCAUCUGAGUCAAGUCUAGGGCUUUCUGGACUAAAAGCGCUGUAUCCAAGUCCUGGUGGGUUGGCUACAGGAAUGGUGGUCAGUACCUCAAUGAAUGCUCCCUCGUUACGGUCUGUAGACGUUGAGGUCACCCCUAACGCCAGUCUCACAAACGAGGCUAUACAAGCUCCUCGUCUACUGAGUAUGAAAAAUUCUACACAGCAAACAGCACAAGGCACAGGACUUCCUAUGAAUACAUGCGACCGCUUCGGGGGCCAAGACCUAGUGAGAAUGGGUGUUGGAAUGAAAAACGUACUCGGCAACAGUUCAUCAUUCACUGGUCGACUGCCGAUACCGAUUGGUCAGUUCGUGGAUUUUGUAUGCCACACAAAACAUGAUCGCAGCUCGGUAUUCCGAGACGAGUUUCAAAUGAUUGAGCGCAAUGCAGCUACAAUGUGCUACUCAACUCUUAACGGUCUACUGGAUCGCAAUAAGGAAAAGAAUCGAUGUGCUACUAUUCUUCCUUUUGAUCACAACCGCGUUAUACUUCAUACACACACUGGAGGAUGCUAUUCGGAUUAUAUCAACGCCAGUUUCAUUGAUGGACAUCAGAAAGCAAAAGCAUAUAUCGCUACACAGGCUCCAUUGCUGGACACGAUAGAUGCGUUUUGGUCUAUGGUCUGGAAUCAAAACAGCGUCAUAAUUGUUGCCCUAACUGACCUGAUCGAACAGGCGGAAGAGAGAUGUGAUCAGUAUUGGCCCAAUACUGGAUCACAUCAGUACGGAGAUAUUACGGUGACCAAGCUGGAAACUACCGAUUUAGCGUACUACGUCGUGCGUUCAUUUGUGAUUCAAAAGUCAGGCGGAUGCUCUGAGAGAACUUUGACUCUACAGGCAUUUGAGACCCAUAAUGAGUCCACUAUAAUUGUAUCAAGGACGAAUUUAAAGUUGAAAGGCGAAAGAGGACAGCCUUGCCUGGUACCACUUGAGGUGGUGAACCCAGGCAAGAAUUUUCCACAGACCUCCACACGGUCAGAAAUCAAUGGGGGACGCCUUAGUUCAACGGACACCACCCUAGUGCUUGACGAUCAACAGAGUCAAAGUCAGCUUUCGGAUCAAGGAACACAACCACUAUGCAUGGAACGGAGAAGAAUUUGGCAGUUGCAGUAUACAAACUGGUCAGAAAAUCCGAUUCCAACCCAGUCGGUCACAUUCAUGAUGUUUAUGCGGAGAGUUGGGGCUGUCAAUCCACAUGAACAUGGACCCAUUAUAGUACACUGUUCAUUAGGAACGGGUAGAACUGGUGUUUUCAUCGCUUUGGACAUCCUCCUGGAACAGAUCAAACUUGAACAAAAUGUUGAUGUGUUUGGCUUGGUAAAUCGUUUGCGAACGCAGAGAAUGCGUCUGGUAGAAUCGGUGGAUCAGUACGAACUCAUUUAUCAUACCAUAAUGGAUGCAAUUUUGGACGGAAACACAGAAGUCUUUGCAAGAAAUCUCUGCUCACAUGUAGAACAUUUGAAUUCGAUCCAAAUAAACAAUCACUUGAUGAACAAAACUUCUGGCUUCACACAUACAGAACUGGGAUACACUGGUUUCCAACUUGAGUUUCGCAAGCUUAACAGUUCAGCGCCUUCGCCAUCCGCGAGUACUCCAGCAUCGUCACCGAUCAGUUUGGCCAGUGGUACACAUUUUCGUUACACAGGUGCGCAUAAAUCCAUGAUUCCAAGCGAGGUUGCCAACUUACCGAUCAACCAGUGCAAGAAUCGCAUCAUCAGCAUCGUGCCAUUUGAGUGGAACCGAGUUCAACUGUGCCCGAUUCGGGGAGUGGAAGGCUCGGACUACAUCAAUGCCAGUUUCGUAGAUGGUUAUCGAGACAAAAAAGCCUACAUCGCGUGUCAAGCUCCAACGGCCUCAACAGUGGAAGAUUUCUGGCGCAUGGUUUGGGAGUACAAGAGCGAAUGUAUCGUGAUGAUGUGCAACAUAAACGAAGGUGGACGUGUAAAAUGUUUCAAAUAUUGGCCAAGUGAGAAGGCGUCGCGCUAUCAGUUCUUUGUGGUAGAUCCGACUACUGAGUACAAUACAGCUGGCCAUAUUGUUCGUGAAUUCAAGAUCACAGAUGCACGUGACGGUGAAUCUCGUAUCUUACGGCAGAUGCAAUUUACUCGUUGGCCUGAAAAUGGUGUCCCACCAAGUGGUGACAGUCUGAUCAGUUUGAUUGGACAGGUGCAGAAGCUGAAAGCACAGUCAGGACAUGAUGGGCCCAUUACAGUUCACUGCAGUUCUGGUACUGGUCGAACUGGUGUUUUUAUAACACUGUGCAACGUCCUAGAACGUUUGAGACAAGAAUCUGUGGUGGACAUGUAUCAAACGGUAAAGUUGUUACGUCAACAACGAGUUGGGAUGGUUCAGACGGAAGAACAAUAUCGAUUCUGUUACUUGGUUGCAUUGGAAUACUUGAGUUCCUUUGAUCUGUGCACACAACCCAAUUCAAGUAUCCCACUACCUGCCAUCGGUUCUCCAUUCGUUCCCCACAAGUUACGUUGCACCACGAAGCAAGUUUAUAAUCACGCAAAUGGCCAGCACCAUAAGGGUUCCGAUAAACCAGUUUUGAAGCCACUUUUUGAUCUAUAUGAUGACUCUGAACCUACUGCACGCAUUUUUUAAAUAAUUUACCUAGCACC